GUGUCCUUCAGCUUUUAGCGUUCGUAGCACGCCGUUUGUGUGUUUAUUGCUCGUUUUAAAUUAGUUUUUAUUCGCACAUAUAUGUAGAUAUAUUUGUAAAAAAUGGCAACGGGGAUCGCGUGUAAAUUUUUCCAGCGACGCUUUGCCUCGACUACAGCAGCUCUGCGUCCGUCCCCCGCCGAGGUUUUCAGUCAGCGCAACGCCGUCUUCUCCAGAGAGCAGGCCAGGCAGAGAGCCCUGUACCCCCGCAUCGAGAAGAUAGAGGUGUCGAUGCAGGGCCCGGGUCUGGACGGCACGCUCCUCAUCAUGAACAAAGGCAUGUCGACGCCGCUGAGCUGUGCCAGACAUGUGACAGAGUACCACGUGAAGAACUCGGCUCUGGCGCUGGUGGACGGGGAGCUGUGGUCUCUCAACCAGCCCCUCACCCACUCCUGCACCCUCAAGCUGCUCACAUUCAAAGACAAAGACCCAACUCUAGUCAACCAGGCCUACUGGCGUUCCUGUGCUGCUCUGCUCAGCCAGGUGCUGGAGACGGCAUUCAAGGAUGAUUAUACMGUGGAUCUGAUCAGUACACCUGAAGUACCAGUCCUUUCAGGGGCGUUCUGCUGCGAUGUGGUCCUCGACCCUGAGCUGGACUCAUGGACCCCCCUUGAGGAGUCGUUUCACUCUCUGACCAAAGCGGCCCAUCAGCUGAUCCAGAAGGACCUGGCCUGGGAGCAUCUGGAGGUGGCUCCUUCUGUAGCAUUGGAGGUGUUCUCUCAUAGCAGGUGUAAACUGGAAGAAGUCGAGCAGAAAGCAUCACAGAGUCCUAAAGGCACCGUCCUGCUCUACAGAUGUGGCGAUCAUGUGCUGCUGAGUGGGGGCCCUCUGGUGGGCAGAACUGGCCUGUGCUCCCAGUACGAGGUGACUGCUCUCCACAGCCUGGGCCAGGGCCCCUGGGGCCACCACCGACGAGCUCAGGGCAUCUCUCUGCCUCUGCAGCUGCCAGCUCACCACAUKGUUUGGAGGAAACUGAGACAACGGGCAGAGAAGCUGGUGCAGGUGCCUGCAGCUGACAAAGUGACUCCGCCCCUUUCUUCUUUCUCAACGCACCAGUAACCAACUUCCACAUAUCUUCAUGUGUCCACAACUAUUAUUUGUUCAAUAAAUGCUCAAUGUGCAGUAAA